CCUCAGUCGAGAACUACAGUAAAGAGCAAAAGAGCUAAAGAGGAAGUGACUUCGAAAAGUCGCUAUUUUAUGGUGGAAAAAGAAUACUAAGACUUAGAUAACUUGCCAUAAACCAUGCCGUUGCUAUACAGUGUAGUUGCGAGGGGAACUACUAUAUUAGCAAAGUUUGCUGCAUGUGCUGGGAACUUUGCUGAGGUUACUGAGCAGAUUCUUGCUAGAAUACCUCCAGAAAACUCUAAGCUGACCUAUACACAAGGAAGUUACUUAUUUCACUACAUAUCAGAAGACAGGAUAAUUUAUCUGUGCAUUACAGAUGAUAAUUUUGAAAGGUCUAAAGCUUUCAAUUUCCUCAAUGAAAUCAAAAGAAGAUUUCAGAUGGCUUAUCAUGGGAGAGCCCAGACAGCAUUGCCAUUUGCCAUGAAUAGUGAAUUUUCUAGGGUAUUAUCAGUGGAAAUGAAAAGAUUUUCAGAGCAGGAGGAAGGUCAGAGCAAUUUAACAAAAGUUCAGGGAGAACUAGAUGAACUAAGAGGAAUAAUGGUCAAAAAUAUAGACAGUAUUGCAAGCAGAGGUGAACGACUGGAGUUAUUGAUUGAUAAGGCUGAGGACCUUAAUACCACUUCUCUCACAUUUAAGAAGUCAAGUAAAGGUCUUGCAAGAGCUAUGUGGUGGAAAAAUGUCAAAAUUAUGAUUAUCCUGGCAAUUAUAGUCAUUCUAAUUUUGUAUUUUAUUGUAUCUGCUGCAUGUGGAGGGCUAGACUGGGGUAGUUGUGUCAAGAAGAAAAAGUAAUUGAAUUGUGUCCUACAACUGGUACUUUGAUUAAACUCCGAAGGCUACAAGCCUUUGUACUGCAUCAUCUAGGUAUAGCACCAGCCAUUUGUAACAAAAAUUUGAUCCACUAGUUAAAGUUUUAACUUGAGGUUACAGAAAUUAUAACCUUAGGUUACGAACUGAAGACAUUAAAUACUGAGAAUAUAAAAUAUCUAUGUUAUUAAUGCUAGAAUAAUGGCUUUGAACCAUCACGAGAUGGCAGCCAUGACAGGAACAAUUGAUUCUGCUCUAAUCUGAUUUACAUGAGAAAGAAUUCAGUUUCCAAGGGGAAAAGAUUAUAUUGUUUUGCCUCAUGUCAUGGCGACCCUAGCUAUAGGUUUAUAGUUGUGAAUUUGUUUUUGCCAUAGUACUAGAAAACAUCCAUUCCUUGUCCACAAGGUAAAAUUGGGAUUCCAAAGAGGGAUGCAAUAGGAUAGAGCAGGGGAUAUCGGGGACCAUGAAGGGGGAUUGGGGUUCCCUAGGGUUGGGAUAAGAUAGAGCAGGGAGCAGGGAAUAUUAGGAACCACAGAGGGGGACGGGUUAAGGGGCUGUAGUCCCCAAAGCAAUAUUUGUUACAUCAAAUCAUCAUCAAUGUGGUGCAUCUAAUUCUUAAGUAAAUAAUAUUCUAACAACAGUUUCCAUGACAAGAUAUCGUAAAUCCUCUUACUGAUAUUGUUGGUAUAGCAAAGUACUUGUAAUCCAUUAGUGUUUAUAUUUGUAACUUCAAUAUGRUUUUACAUAAUGCAUUCUAUUUGCAUUAUAGUUAACGUCAUUUACUAUCACUAUUAGACUUCCUUACACGCUUUCAUGAGGAAAUGCAAAUUUGAAUAAAAAAGAAAAUCUUGGUGGUGGUAGUAAAAUAAGCCUAAAAUGAGUCCUAUUCAUUGUACAAAUUUAAUUACUUCAAAAAUAUUUCUUUGUAAAGAGUGCUGACCAGUUAUUGAUCCAUCAUAAUGGGAGUAAUUGGGAAUUUUGGCGUAUGAAUGAGAAAACACUACUAAUUCUGUUUAAUAAAAAAAUCUAACCCUC